CUCUCUUCUACCUCAUUACUCAUUACCCCUCUCACAACCAACCCCUACUUUUCUCACUCUUAAUUCUCCACACAAGAAUAGCAACAACAACAAUAGUGUUGAGUAACAACAAUUAAUUUACCUUUUUUUUUUUUUUGAAUAAAAUACAGAGACUCUUGUUAUUGAAUACGAGGUACGACAAUGGAGGCGCCGGAUUUUUUUGUGGAGGAUUUGCUAGACUUAUCUAACGGUGGUGGAGAUGAAAUGAUUACCGACACCUUCUUCGACACCGUUACCGGAAAUUCCAUGGAUUCUUCCUCCCCUACUCCCGCUUCCGACAGCUGCAAUUCCUCCGCCGUGUCUUGCACUCCUUCUUUCCCUGACUCUUACUUUUCCGGCACCGACCUUUGCGUUCCGUAUGAUGAUAUGGCGGAGCUGGAAUGGCUAUCGAAUUUCGUGGAGGAAUCGUUCUCCACCGACGACUUGCACAAACUCCAAUACAUACCCACCAACCCACAGCAGCAACACGGCGGCGCAGCCAGGUAUGGCGCAAUUCCACCGACAACCACCGUACCGGGGAAGGCCAGGAGCAAGCGGUCACGGGUGCCGCCGUGUGACUGGUCCACCAGACUCCUCAUGGUGUCGGCGCCCUCCCCGGCCACCUCGUCUUCCGAGAGUGGGGCGAGUCCGGGGCAGAAGAAGCAGCCGUCACUGACGAAGAGGCGGGAGAGUGGUGGGCCUGAAACCGGCGAGGUGCGGCGGUGCCUGCAUUGCGCGGCGGAGAAAACCCCGCAGUGGAGGACCGGGCCCAUGGGACCGAAAACCCUGUGUAACGCGUGUGGGGUUCGGUACAAGUCGGGCCGUCUCGUGGCUGAGUAUAGGCCCGCUGCUAGCCCGACAUUUGUGUCGGCUAAGCACUCGAACUCUCACCGGAAAGUAAUGGAGCUCCGACGACAGAAGGAAUGUCAAAGGCACCAACCACCACUUCAUCACCAACAACCACACCAUCAACAGCAGCAAUACAUUGGUGGUGGUCAUGGCGGCGGUCACCAUAUGAUGAUGGCCGGAGGUGGUGGAGAGGAUUACUUCAUUCACCACCAUUUGGGAGGAAAUGAUUACCGGCAGAUGAUAUGAUAUGAUAUCAUAUCAUACUUAAUUAAUUCUCAAAUUUAAUCACUUUAAUUAGUGGUUGAAUUUUAAUUUAGUGUAGUAUUUUUUUUUUUUUUUUGAUUCUUAGAAUGAAACUUCCACUCUUUUUUCUUCCCUAAAUUUUGACAAUUUAGAAAAAUCUUACUCCUCCCAAAAAAAUUAAAUAGGGUUCAUUAAAUUCAAAUCAGUAACAUUUACUUUUACCAGUAGUAGUAUGAGUAUAUCCUUGUCCCUUUUUCUUCAUAUCUUUGAUCAAUGCGGGAAAAUAAUGAGAAAUUUUAAAAUAAUUAGUGGUA